AUGACGGUUUACUCUCUGACGCUCCUCUGCAAGGGCGACGCCUUGGUGCCCCUUCUCCUCGGAUACUUUGAAAUUCUUGAUCAGGAUCAACGCGCUCUGGUGCUUACUGGCCGAUGUCUACAUGCUAUGCAAGCGCUAGCAGUGACAACGAAGAUACAGCUCUUGAAAGAGGGUAGGUAUCUACUGAGGCUAGAAGUCAAACUCCUCCAAGCCACUGCACCCGUCGGCCUAGUGGCCAUUGAAAGUCGACGUUCUUUCAUAGCGUUUGCGGACUUUGUCGAGAUGCUUGUAUCAGACGGCGAACCCCUAGAGCACCACCCGCGUCUGUGGAAGGAAGCUUUCUCCGAAUUUCAACAUCACUUCGUGCGUUGGGAGCAGGGUUGGGCCUUGUGGCAAGCAAAGAUGGGUAGCGUACAGGUAGACUGGUGGUCUGUACUCGUGGAUCCAUGUAACUUCUCCAACGAGCCCGGACCUCGGUCUAUUAUAGACGAACCGAUGGAUGCUGCGCUGUCAAGCUCGACGGCCGACACGGGCGCGACCGCCUCCCAGAAAGCACAAACGCCCUCGCAACACCCACUCGGUGCCCAUGGUCACACAACCCACCCCACGCCUCGUGGGUCGGUGCAGGUCGAAAGUGAUCUCGAUGUGGGGGAUGCGAGCCGAGCGUCUCCUGCACGCUAUCCUUUCGUCGUCGAGGACCCUCAGGCGACGCCUGACGAUUCUCACCCGCUUGGCAAAGACAAUAUCGACGUCUCCACAGUUAAUCAGUCGAAUAAGGACGGUUUGAAAACGGCUUCCGCAACGCAACCUACCGGAGGAGCUCUACCUUCGGGUACAUCGACUCAAGAUAAGCAGGAUGUUCCGGGGCCGCAUGCGACGGCACCGAGGACUCGGGAUCAUAUCCCUGGAAAGGCAGAGGGAACGCAGCGCGUGAUGCAUGCGGAUGAAGGGCAGUUGGGCUCGACCGAGGAGCUCGAGGGGGUGCGUCGCUCUCAGGGAUCCGCUCAGCCAUCUUCCGGACCGGAGCGGCCGCUGGCUCCGACAUCCGCAGAGGACGCAACAUCCACGACUGCACCCCCUCUUGAUAUGUCAAGUGCUCAGACACCUUUCGCACUACACACCCACGGCAAUGCAUCGCAGACACCUGCCCCUCUCUCGCACGUGGACGAUGCGUUCAUUGCGCUUGUCGCGUCUCGCAUCGACGCUUCCAUGGCGGCUCGUCUGCAGUCGCUGACCGCACUCUACGACCAGCGAUUGGACUCAUUGAUUACCUGGGUGGAUCAACAUUACGCCGGCCUAUAUGACGAGUUGUAUCAGGAGAUGGCGAGAAGGGAGCAGUCUACGAUUUACAGCGUCAGGCGAUACAUCGACACUGUAUCUGUAGGCACCAAUACUGCGCUCGCGACACUCCAAUCGUCGGUAGCACGCCUUGAAGAUCAGCUGCAAGAUCAGCUCAAGGAAAGGACCUCUACCACGUACACUCCUGGGUCAUUCCGUACCUUCAACCGUUUAUCUGGCGGUCCCAUUACUCCUUUCACGACGAUGUCGUCUCGCGCUCAGCUGCCAACCUACCCUGGCCCCUCAUCGGAACCUGCCGCAGAGCAGACCGCGGAGAUGCCCCCAGCUGAAACACAAGAUCUCCCCGGGUCGGCCUCAUCUUCUCGUCAUCCAGUAGCGACCACAUUUUUUUCGCAUACACCUCGCGCACCGAUCGGCAAUGCAAUUCCGCCAUUCUCUCAGUCCGCCUUCGGUGCUAUGCCAAGUGGGGAAAGCCGCCCGGGCAUGAAGCGGGGUUUCAACUCGACCAUGGCUGGCAGCGAAGACGCCGCGGCGAAAAGAAGGCGCGGGACCGGCACAGAUGCGCCUGAUGGAUAG